UGUUUAUCGUCUGUCAGGUCAGAAAAUAGCACCAACGUCUCUGUGCGAAAACGAAAACCUUCUUCCAUCCGGUUCCUCGUUUCCAGAUCUUCGGUCACCUGCAGUGAUUAGUCGAUACCUCUCGAACAUGAAUUCUGACACAACCGCUUCCUGUCGACAUGUUUGCUCGGGGAGCGACUUUCCACAGCGGAGGCGAAAACAAGUGAGCUAGCUAGCUGCUCCGCCGCUAACAGAUUAGUAUAGAGUCGGGCUACACACGGAGCCGCUGCACGGCUAGCGAGUGAAGCGGUGGCGAAAAAAGACACCAGUCUCCUUUUCAUAAGCUAAAACUAGAGUUCGUUUAUUUUAAUUUACCUCUUGCAAAGUAUGACCAUGGCCUGCGGUUUGCUAAACACGGAUGAGUCAUCCCCCGCGGCUCUGACAGACCUGUGCCUGACAUACGUGAGCCAGAACCUGGACUGUUUCUCCGUGAAGCGCCCUGACGGCUCCCUGUGCUUCAGAGAGGCUGUGCUCUUCCCACAGGAGCUAGCAGACCAGCUGCUGGCGAAGAUGGCCACUGAAGGUCUGUUGAAUGACAGCACAGUGGGUGUAUUUCGGAACUCUGAAUACCUGCGGCUGAGACGGGCCUGCAUCCGCACAGCGCGUAUCUCUGCUGAGGCAUUCCAGAAAGCUCUCUGUCCCCACAAACUGUUGGAGUUGGAUGCUGCCAGGGUCAAUGCAGACCUCACUAUUCAUGAUAUCCUACAGGGACUGGCCUCCAAUAAAUUCUGUCAGGAAUCCCUCCAGCGUCUUGGCUUAACAGGUCUCACCAUGUCCUCUCUGGAGGAACCAAUCCGGUAUCGCUUCAGCUCCCUCCAGGGCCUCCGCUCCCUCUCUCUUGCCAAUGUAGACUUCUAUGACUCUGGGCUGGUCGACGUGUGUUCCCUACCUCGAUUAGAGAGCCUCGAUAUCUCCAACACCUCAAUCACCAACCUCACUCCACUGCUGGGCCUGAAGGAUCGGCUGCGUUCACUGACACUGCACCAGCUGAAGAGGCUGGAAAUGAGCACUGCUCAGCUGCUGGGAGUCAUACGCCAGCUAGAUGUAUUGCAGCACCUGGACAUCAGUGAUGAUAAGCAGUUUACCUCUGAUGUGGCUCGUCAGCUGCUUGGACAGCCAGGGAUCCUGCCUGCUCUCGUCUCCCUGGAUGUGUCGGGCAGGAAACAGGUUACAGAUGCAGCUAUUAAAGCAUUUGUUGAGGACAGACCAGGGAUGACCUUUGUGGGACUUCUGGCCACAGAUGCUGGUUUUUCUGACUUCCUCUCUGGAGAAGGAAGUCUGAAGGUCACAGGCGAAGCAAAUGAGACCCAGAUUUGUGAGGCUCUGCGUCGCUACGGUGAGAGGGAGGGUUUUGUGAGAGAAGCUCUGUUUCAUCUGUUCAGUUUGACCCAUGUCAUGGAGAAACCACGGCCUGACAUCCUAAAGUUGGUAGUUUUGGGUAUGAAGAAUCAUCCUGCCACUCUGAAUGUCCAGCUGGCAGCAAGUGCCUGUGUGUUCAACCUGACAAAGCAGGACCUGGCAGCAGGGAUGCCAGUUCGACUCUUGAGCACCAUCACUCAGCUCUUACUGGAGGCCAUGAGGACUUUCCCAAACCACCAGCAGCUGCAGAAGAACUGCCUGCUGUCCCUGUGCAGUGACCGCAUCUUGCAGGAGGUUCCAUUCAACAGGUUUGAAGCUGCUAAACUAGUGAUGCAGUGGCUCUGCAACCAUGAAGACCAGAAUAUGCAGAGGAUGGCUGUGGCUAUUAUUUCCAUACUGGCUGCUAAGUUGUCCACAGAACAAACAGCUCAACUGGGAGCAGAGCUGUUCAUAGUGAAGCAAUUGCUCCACAUUGUGCGUCAGAAGGCCACUCAGGGCGUGGUGGAUGCCACCCUCAAAUUUACACUGAGCGCACUCUGGAACCUCACCGAUGAGUCACCAACAACCUGCCGCCAUUUCAUCGAGAACCAGGGGCUGGACCUGUUUAUUAAAGUUCUAGAGUCCUUCCCCAACGAGUCUUCUAUUCAGCAGAAGGUUCUCGGUCUACUGAACAACAUAGCAGAGGUCGGGGAGCUGCACGGAGAGCUGAUGGUGCAGGGGUUCCUGGACCACAUCAGCACUCUGCUGCACAGCCCAGAGGUGGAGGUCAGCUACUUUGCCGCGGGCAUUCUCGCACAUCUGACGUCACGAGGACAGGAGGCCUGGACACUCAGCACCGAGCUUCGAUCCACACUACUGGAGCAACUGCAUGCUGUCAUUAUGAAGUGGCCCCCACCAGAGUGUGAAAUGGUAGCAUACAGGUCUUUUAACCCCUUUUUCCCUCUUCUGGAGUGUUUUCACACCCCUGGUGUCCAGCUGUGGGCUGCAUGGGCCAUGCAGCACGUCUGCAGCAAGAACGCCGCUCGCUACUGCAGCAUGUUGUUGGAGGAGGGUGGCCUGCAGCAGCUGGAGAACGUCCACACAAACCCACAGACGCACAAAGACGUCAAACUGCUGACUGAGAGCAUUCUGGAGAGCCUGCAGCGCCACAGAGCUCGUACCGGCCAGCCAGCACACUCGCAGAUGCAAGCAAGUCGCCGCCCACCACCCCAAUAACCUCACAGAG